AUGGCGGACGGAACCAGAUUGAACCAGUUGACAGAGACUGUUGCUGCAUUGAAGAAAUCAGUGGAGAGAAUUGAAGAUAAUCAUAGGAAGACGGAAGAAACAAAUAUGCAGAGGUUUGAUACAAUCACUUCUGAGUUUAAGAGAAAUGAAUCAGUAAAUAUGCAAAGGUUUGACACGAUUACCUCUCAGUUUGCCAUGGCUCUUAAGACGCAUUUGGGUCCAAAUACUAGUGAGAAUGUAUCACUUCCUGUUGCUCCUGCAAAAGACAAACAACCAAUUCAGCAAGAUGAGCCACCGGUCCAGACUGAAGGUUAUCCAAGGGAGGAGUUGCCUUCAAGAAGACGGUUUUUUGGAGACUACCGUUCCAGAUUGCACAAUUUUGAUGAUAUGCAUGCUGGGCAGGAUCAGCAUUUGGAGGAUUUCAGUGGUAUGAAUCCCAGGUCAGUCCGCAUUGAUUUUCCAAGAUUUGAUGGAAAUGAGCCUGCUGAUUGGCUGUAUAGAGUUGAACAGUAUGUCGAAUUCUAUAACACCUCUUAUAGGCAAUUAUUACGUUUAGUUGCCAUACACAUGGAAGGAAAAGCCUUGAUAUGGUAUCAAGACAUGUGUGACUCUCACCAAUUUAAUUCUUGGAUGGGUUUUGCUACUGCCUUAUUAGCAAGGUUUGGACCUUCUUCCUACGAUGAUCCCAUGGAAACGUUAAUGAGGCUUCGACAAUAUUCCACUGUGGAAGAUUACAAAGGGAAGUUUGAGUCUAUCACUAAUAGACUGAGAGGUGUUUCUAAGGAAAAUAAACUAAGUUGCUUUUUAAGUGGACUCAAGGAUGACAUUCGGAUUCCUGUAAAAAUGUUUAAUCCUGGUUCUUUGUUAGAAGCAUUUAGUUUAGCUAAAAUGCAGGAAGAACAUAUUUCAACUGCAAGAAGGAAUUAUAGAAAUUUUAGUCCGAAUCCUAAUGCUUUUAAUGCACAAAAAGGAGGGGGCAAUGUUGCAGGGCAGAAUAGUGAUACUUUUCAAGGGGGAGGCCCUGUUACAGGGCAGAAUAGUGGUGCUUUCCAAAAGGCUGUUGUGCCUGUUCAGAAGAUCACUCCCCUUCAAAUGGAGGAAAGGCGUAAGAAAGGGUUAUGCUAUAAUUGUGAUUCUCGAUGGAAACCGGGGCAUCAUUGUGUCAACCCUAAGAUGUUUUUGAUUGAAAGUGUGGAAGUUAUUUCUAACAAAGUAUCGGAAGAUCAUUCGGAGGCGGUAGAGCUCGAAUCUGAUAUGAUGGAGUUUUCCUACUGUGAAGCUACUCCAGAGAUAACUUUACAUACUAUUACAGGCAGCACUCAUCCUAAGACUAUGCUGGUGAUUGGGAGAAUUGGAAAACACAGGGUGGUUAUUCUGAUUGAUAGUGGGAGUACCCACAAUUUUUUGGAUUCUUCUUUGGUGAAUAAACUCCAGUUAGUGAUCAAUAAGUCUUGUAUUGUCAAAGUUCAAGUAGCCAAUGGUGAAGUGGUGGUGAGUGAAGGGAAAUGCGAUUGUGUGAAUGUGGAGGUGCAGUGUCAUAAUUUUCAAUUUGAAUCUUUUGUCAUUGUAUUGGCUGGGUGUGACUUAGUUCUUGGUGUCCAGUGGUUGGUCACGCUUGGUCCCAUUUUAUGGAACUUUAAGGAUCUUACCAUGGAGUUUUCUUUGGGGCAGCAGCUUUGUAAGCUACAAGGGUUAGCAACAUCCAGUUUAUGGGUGGAGUCCGAUUUUUCCAACCUUCAAGGUGAAAGUCAGAAGGGACUAUUGCUUCAAUUAUUGGAGGAUGUUGAGCAUUCUACAGUGCCGGUACAAGAUUCUGCUUUGACAGAAUUACUCCACCAGUUUGAAGAUGUUUUUGCUGAACCAAAAGGAUUACCUCCCAGCAGGUCUCAUGACCAUGCUAUAGUGCUUAAAGAUGAUGCUAAACCAGUAUGUGUUAGACCCUAUAGAUAUCCCUAUUUUCAAAAGCCAGAAAUUGAGAAAAUUGUUCGGGAGCUAUUAGCCUCAGGGGUCAUUGUACCUAGUCAAAGUCCUUUUUCCUCUCCUGUUUUGCUGGUUCGCAAGGCUGAUGGGUCUUGGCGAAUGUGUAUGGACUAUAGGGCUCUUAAUAAUGCAACGGUGAAGGACAAGUUUCCUAUACCGGUUAUUGAUGAACUUCUCGAUGAGUUACAUGGUUCUAGAGUUUACUCAAAGCUGGAUCUACGUUCGGGAUAUCACCAAAUUCGGGUGCAGCCUGAGGAUGUACCUAAAACAACCUUUAGAACUCAUGAAGGCCACUAUGAGUUCUUGGUCAUGCCUUUUGGCUUGACUAAUUCUCCAUCAACGUUUCAAAGCUUAAUGAACGAUAUCUUUAGGCCAUACUUAAGGAAGUUUAUUUUGGUCUUUUUUGAUGACAUAUUGGUGUAUAGCAGAAAUCGGCAGGAGCACUUUUGGCACUUGGAACUCACUAUAGAUAUCCUACGGAAAAAUCAGCUCUUUGCUAAGCGGAGCAAGUGCAGAUUUGGUUGUACCGAAGUUGAUUACUUGGGGCAUAUUAUCUCGGCUGAAGGUGUUAAAGCCGACAAUACUAAACUAAAGGCUAUGUUGGAUUGGCCUAUUCCUAAGUCCUUAAAAGCUUUGAGGGGUUUUUUGGGUCUUACGGGUUAUUACCUUAAGUUCAUUAAGGGGUAUGGGGCUAUUGCUGCAGUUUUAACUGGACUUUUAAAGAAGAAUGCUUUUCAUUGGACAGCAGAUCAUACCAUGGCUUUCGAGGAUCUUAAUGUGAUGCUUCGGGGUGAGGUAUUGGGGCAGUGCUUAUGCAGUGCCAGCGGCCUAUUGCCUUUUUUAGCCAGGGCUUAA